CACACAAGCAUACACAUAUGUGGAAACAAAGUAGCAGUUAGCUGCCUGCUUCAUGAUUAUUCCUUCAGUUCCCCUACAUAAUCUUCCUUGUGUAGAUCACUAUAGUGUAGGAAGCACAAAAUGAGGACAAGUUUUCUGAUUCUUUUAUUGCUACUUUCCUUAGCAACUACACUUGAUUGUGCAGAAAAACCAUGUGGGAAAACUAAGGCAAAGGGAAAGUUUGUGACAGUGUUGAGCAUUGAUGGAGGUGGCAUUAGAGGUAUCAUCCCUGGAACCGUUCUCGCCUUUCUCGAGUCCAAGCUUCAGGAACUGGAUGGACCGAAUGCAAGAGUUGCAGACUACUUUGAUGUGAUAUCUGGAACGAGCACGGGCGGUCUGGUGACUGCAAUGCUCACAGCUCCUGAUAAAGAUAACAAGCCUCUCUUUGCUGCCAAAGAUAUUAACAGAUUUUAUUUUGAGCAUGGACCCAAAAUUUUCCCACAGGACAGUGCUUCCGCUGUUGGACCAAAGUACGAUGGAAAGUACUUGAGAUUGAUAAUCAGGAAAUUAUUAGGCAAAAUGACCUUGCGCCAGACUCUUACAGAUGUGAUCAUACCAACUUUUGACAUCAAACUCCUUCAACCAAUAUUGUUUUCUACAACCGAUGCGAAAGUAAAAUCUUCGAAGAAUGCAUUACUAGCAGAUAUUUGCAUAGCCACAUCUGCAGCCCCCACAAUUUUACCACCACACUACUUUGAGACUAAAUAUGAAAAUGGAAAGACUCGCAGAUUCAAUCUAAUCGAUGGUGGAGUUGCUGCAAACAAUCCUACUCAGGUGGCGAUAACACAUGUUUCGAAUGAAAUCUUGAAAGGGAACUUUAAGUUUAUUGAUAUCAAGCCAAUGGACACUGAAAAAUUAUUAGUAUUAUCACUUGGCACUGGUACAGCCAAACAAGAACAGAGGUACGAUAUAAACACAGCGUCUCAAUGGAGUGCAUUAGAUUGGGUAUUUAGCAAGGGUGCCACACCUUUGAUCGACGUUUAUAGUGCUUCAAACACGGAUAUGGUUGACAUUCAAGUUUUAUCACUAUUUCAAGCUCUUGGAGCUGAAAAAAAUUAUUUACGUAUUCAAGAUGAUAGUCUCGUAGGGAACACAUCAUCGGUUGAUAUGGCAACUCCCAGUAAUAUGGCGGCGCUAGCUAAUGUAGGAAGAAAAUUAUUGACCAAGUCAGUAACCAGAGUGAAUAUUGAUACAGGAUCAUUUGAGCCAGUAGUGGGAGAAGGGACCAAUUCUCGUGCUCUAACUCGCUUUGCAAAGCUACUUUCUGAUGAAAGAAAGGUCCGGCUAGCUAAGUAGACAAUCGAAUGCAAGUUGUUUGUUUCAGAGGAAAUUGCAGCAAAUUUUACUGAGUUGUGCCUAUUGUUUACUUCUGUAAGGAAUAUGAGCUGAAUCAUUUCUACUUCAGUAUGUGAUAGAUAAAAGUAAUGCAUCCUGCGUUUGUUUUAAGUAGCAAAACUUUUGAAUAGUUUGGUCAGUUUAAAUAUUAGAUACUCCGAGCUAGCAACAAUAAGAUGGAAAAAUAGUUAAUCGAAUAUUCGAAUCAGCUUAUCAGCCAAACUAUUAACUUCUGUGCAUGUUCUUGCCAAAUUAUGCACCAGUUGAAGGCCUGUAGAUCGAAGAUUAUGCUGGCUUUGUUAAUGUUGUAAAGAAUUUGUACUGGUGGGUUUGUUAUAAUUUCUAGCUUUUAGAUCAAAGUUGUAUAGGUAAGUGGUUGCCUAGACAUAACCCGGGUAUAUCUAAAUUUUAAAAAAUUAUACUGUAUUA